CACCCCGUUAUCAGACCCAGUGUUCUACAAUCUGACUUCUACAGUAGUCCAGGACGCUUGAACCAUUGCAUACAGUUGAUUGAUUUGCAUGUAGUGAAUCACAUACCAUUCAAGGGUGCCUGUGAAAUGACGGAAUACACUUUUUAUUAUUUCCCAGUUCGAGGUCGCGGCGAGGCUAUCCGGAUGUUGUGGGCAGACGUUGGCGCGUCGUACGAGGAGAUCAACGUGGCGCCCUCUGUGGAGGUGUGGCAGCAGCAGUGGAAACACAAGAUGCCGUUCGGCCAGGCCCCGAUGGUGAAGCACGGGGACCAGGAGCUAGUGCAGUCGAACGCCAUACUGAGAUACCUGGGCCGGAAGUACGAUCUAUACGGUGACGGACCCCUGGAGCAGUACCGGAUGGACAUGCUGACCGACCACGUAGAGGACAUCCGGUCAGAGUACAGCCGCAUGAUCUACCACAACUAUGACAACGGCAAAGACGAGUACAUUAAAUCUAUUCCUACCAAGUUCGCCCCGGUCGAAAAAUUUCUGAUGUCAUGGGGAAAUGAAUACAUCGGCGAAAGGAUCUCGUUCGCGGACUACAACAUGUGUGACCUGCUGGAUAUCCACGAGGUGCUGUCCCCGGGCUGCCUGGCCCAGUUCCCAUCCCUUACGGCGUACCACGCCCGCGUCCUGGCCCGGCCACACAUACAGGCGUACCGGAAGAGCGAGGGCUUCAAGACGCGACCUAUCAACUUCAACGGCAAGCAGUAAACACAGUUGACGCCCAUGUUCUGACAAAUAACAGACUGGAGUCCCAAACGCUUGAUUCGCUUUUAGUUUAGUCACACAUAUGGUCGGCCUCGUUACAUCGAACAGCAAGCAGUACACACUAAUGCCAUGUCGUGUUGCUUUGGUGGCAUCACCAUCUAUCUAUAGACGAGUUGACGCACGCGCACCUGCGAAGUUUAGAAUCCGCCCACUGGUUAGCAAAAUGUUGUGGAAUUCAUAUUAGAUCUUACACAAAAUGUUGACAUGAUCAUAGUUCAUAAUAACUUUAAGUAAAUAUAGUAAAUAUUAUUAAACGAAUUGUGUCUGAAUAAAACAAAAAAACUGA